AACGGCUUCUCCACUGGCCAUUCGCUUCAAAUUCAAACAAACAAAAUUUCUCGCGCUGUGCGGUUGCGAGCGGAGCGGACGAUUGGAAAAGCGGAAAACGGAGCGGUUCUACGUUGGCUCCUUCGCUUCGGAAAAGCGCUAUCGCCAAAUAAUAAAAAAAAAACAACAAAAAAACUGAGUGAAAAAAAAACAACAAUUUGUGGAAUAAAAAAAAGAAAAAACAUCUAUAUGUAUGGAUUACUUCCAUGUGCUAAUAAGAGAUAUAAAAUAAAGAAAUGAUGAAAAACAACAACAACUAACCUCAUAAAAAAGUUCAUACAUUUGUCGCAAAAAAAAAAAAAAAGAAAAUGCAAAAAGUGUCAAAGAAGUGAAAAACAGCAGCAGCAACAACUACAACAACAACGUCAAGAGAAUCUAGCAGAAGAAGAAAAAGAAAAGCCAAGCCAGAAGGCAAAGAGUUCAGAGGCUCUCUCGCUCUUACAUAAAUGGAAAAUAAUUCCUGAGAUUUGCUCGCUCGCUCGUUAGUCUUGAGGCGGAAGGAGGAGGAGGAGGCGGAAAAGCAAAGAAAAGCGCUGCUAGGAAAAUUUUGCGGAUUUACAUUUUUUUUGUUUGCACAACCCCGCACCCCCCCCGCCGCCCCCCACGCCAGUGCCAGGGAGUUGGGAGUUAGUUGCUGAGAAGUCGGCAGCGUUUCUUUUGUGGAUUAUUACGCCCUCUCACGCUCUCUCUCUCUCACUCUCUCUCCUCGUCGCACUCUCGUGUUAGCUUUUUUGGACAAAAAAGGGGAGUGCGAGCAGAGUAGCAAGCAACGGGGAAUCAUCACCUGCCCCCCAGCCCCACCACCAUCCAUUUCUAUCACCAACACACACCACACCCCCCAACCCCCUCGUCGCGCCUUUAGAGCAUUUUUUUUGGAUGCUGCCUACGAACCGGGAAUGCGCAUAUCCAGAGCAGAAAUUGCGACUAUUUUGGAUUUAUAAAAAGUUUUGAAAAUGAACCAUUUGGCCCGAGGGCCGAGGCCCUGUGUCUCAUUGCGUUGUUGUUGCCUGGAAAAGUCAUCGAUAAGUGGCACAAGGAUCAAGGACAACAAAAGGAUCAACAUCAUCAUUAGCAGCAACAUCAUCGCUGGCAGCUCGCUCCUAGGCACUACUGGUAGUACUUUGGGCCGCCCGCGCAGUGCGGCCGCCCGAUCGUUUGCGUCUGCAUGGAGUCAAUGAGACGUAACGAGGCGAACACUAGCCACCACCCGAACAAGGUGGCCCUGAAUAGCAGCAACGUAGCAACGGAAAGCAAUAUUAAGAGUAAUAAAUUGUUAGCUAAUUUAAGUGCGGCAGGAGCAGCUACAGCUACAACGGCAACAACGGCAGCGACAACAGCGAAUCAAGCGCUGAAUUUCAAUAACAAAACGAAGGCAACAACUACAGCGGCAGCAGCAGCAGCAGCAGCAGCAGCGAAGAGUAAUCACAAUAACAACAACAACAACAACAACUCCAGUGCGAUCAAGAAGCACACGAAUACAAAGUUAACUGGGAGUGGCAAGAGCACCUCCUGCCAGAGCAGCUCCACCUCGUCACUGUCCUCGUCGAGUAGCUCCUCCAAUUCGAGUGAAUCGAAGGACACGAAUUUUGAGUACGAGGACGAGUGGAAUAUUGGCGGUAUACCAGAGCUGCUGGACGAUUUGGACGCAGACAUUGAAAAGUCGGCGGCGCAUUCUUCGGGUGGUGGCAACCAGGCUACCGCGCUAAAUGCCAAGCAGGCAACCAGCUCCACCACUUCCUCCUCAUCAUCCUCCAAGGGCGGCGCCACAUCAUCCGCAUCAUCAUCGGCAGCAUCAGCAUCAGCGGCAUCUGCAUCGGCAUCCGCAUCGCACAAAUCGCACAAGACCACGUUGCACAGCAACUUGUCGGCCACAUCGCCAACCACAAUUAAGUUCACACGGCAGCCGGUGGCCGGCGGUGGAUCGACCUCCUCCACAAGCGCACCCACCACUAGUGGCGGUGCUAACGCGGUGGCCAAAGGAUCCUCUUCCUCGUCCUCCACAUCAUCAUCCACAUCUUCUUCCUCAUCGUCGUCGUCGUCGUCGUCGUCUUCGUCUUCGUCGUCAUCAUCAUCAUCGUCUUCGUCGGGGAAGCACCACCACCACCAUCAUCACCACUCGAACAACAACGGCAGCGGCAGCAACUCCAAGGGCUACAAGUCCGCUUUGGUGGCUCAACUGAACAGUCCCAGUCCGCUGAACAACAACAACAACAGCAAUUCCAAGGCCCUGAGCCAAGGAAACCAAGGCAGUCAAGGGAACGGUGGUAACGGAGGAUCGGGUGCAGGAGCCGGCAGCACAUUGUCAUCCUCGACAUUUGCCGGCUUCUCCAAGGGUGGUAGCCUAGUCUCCUCCUCCUCGUCGUCGGCUAGCGCAUCUUCAACCGCGGCAGCAGGAUCCACAGCUACGGCAGCUGGCAGUGGUCAGCAGGGAUCUAAAUUUCCCGCUGGCGGCAUGUCCUCGCAAACAGGCAACUUUACUAACAACAACAACAACAACAGCAGCAGCGGCAACAGCGGCGGAAGCGGUAGCGGUAGCGGCAGCAGCUCAGGUGGCAGCAACAGUAUAGGUAGCGGGAGCAACAACAGCACAUCCGCCGGUGGUGCGCCAAGUUCCCAAGGCGGCGGCGGCAGCAGCAGCAACAGCAGCAGCAGCAGCUCCAGCUCCUCCAGUGGCAAAUCGAGCGCAAAGAUGUCCAUUGACCACCAGGCCACACUCGACAAAGGACUCAAAAUGAAGAUCAAGCGCACCAAGCCGGGCACCAAGAGCUCGGAGGCCAAGCACGAGAUUGUGAAGGCCACCGACCAGCAGCAGAACGGAGCCCUGGGCGCCGGAUCCAAUAGCUCGGCCAAUGAUGACGGUAGCUCCGGCUCCAGUUCCAACAACACGUCUUCCCUGGCCGCCGGCAACUCGUCGAGCAGCGCCAGCAGCGGCGGCGGCAGCUCCUCCAGUAGCGGCAGCGGGUCAUCUGGUAGCAGUAAAAAGCACCUGAACAACGCCAACGCCAGCAGUGGCUCCUCAUCGGGCGGCGGCGGCGGGAGCGGCAGUCAGAACAAUUCCGGCGGACAUGCCAGCGGAGGGGGAUCCUCCGGUGGCAGCCAGUCCACGCCGCAGGGCACCAAACGCGGCAGUUCCGGUCAUCGGCGCGAGAAGACCAAGGACAAGAACGCACAUUCCAAUCGCAUGUCGGUGGACAAGUCGGCGGCGGCAGCUUCGGCGGCCGGAGAGAAGGACACGCCGGAGAAGGGUUCGGGUUCAGGAGCAGGUGGAUCACCGUGCUCGUGCAACGGGGAGGUGGGAGCGCCGUGCUCUCAUCACGCCUGCAUCCGACGUGCCGCUCACAUGUCCAACUCCGGCGGCAACUCUAAUUCCGGCAGCGGCACAGGCUCCAACAGUAGCUCCUCCAUGUCCGCUGUGCCCCCGGGGGUGUUCACGCCGUCGGCUGGAUCCCCAUCCGGUGGGUCGCCAUCGGCUGUUGUGCCAGCGGCAGCUUCUUUGCUGGCGGCCGCCGGAGGGGCCUCCUCUGGAGGCUCCCAACUGGCCAACAGUGGUGCCAGCGGAGGAUCCGGCGGAGGGCCCAAUGCCCCCGGCCCACCGGGCAAGGACUCCUCCGGCAGCGGCAUCAAAAUCUCCUCACACAUUGCCGCCCAACUGGCAGCGGCCGCCGCCUCCAACAAUAGCUACAGCGGGAGUGGCUCCAACUCCGGCCAGGGCCAGAACAGCAACAGCGGCGGCAGCGGAGGAGCAGAUAGCAAGGGGGCUGCCGCGGCCCAGGCCAAGCUGAUGGCCCCCGGCAUGAUCUCAGCCACCAUGCACCACACGAUCUCGGUGCCGGCCGGCAGCGGAGGACCCGGCGACGAGGAAACCAAAUCCCCGCCAGCCAAACGGGCCAAGCAUGAAGCUGGCGCCGGUGGCGGCAACGGCGGUGGCAGUGGCAAGGAAAUGGUGGACAUAUGUAUCGGUACCUCCGUGGGAACGAUCACCGAGCCGGACUGCCUGGGACCGUGCGAGCCGGGCACCUCGGUCACCCUCGAGGGCAUCGUGUGGCACGAGACUGAGGGCGGGGUGCUCGUUGUUAACGUUACGUGGCGGGGCAAGACCUAUGUGGGCACCCUGCUCGACUGCACCCGCCACGACUGGGCUCCUCCAAGAUUCUGUGAUUCACCAACUGAAGAAUUAGAUUCUCGAACUCCAAAGGGACGCGGCAAGCGCGGACGCAGUGCAGGUCUGACACCGGACCUCAGCAACUUUACCGAGACCAGAAGUUCGAUUUACUUCUCGCACGCCCAGGUGCAUUCCAAGUUGCGCAAUGGCGCCACCAAGGGACGCGGGGCGACACGCAGCGCUUCCGGCAAUGCGGCGGCUAAUAGCAACAGCGGCUCAUCGGGCAAUGGAGGCGGGGCCACGCCCAGCACCUCACCCACAGCCUUCCUGCCGCCGCGAGCGGAGAAGCGCAAGUCCAAGGACGAGGCGCCAUCGCCACUUAACGGCGAUGCAUCUGACGGAGGAGCAGCGGGCGGAGUGGCUGGUGCCGGCGGCGUGAACAUGGUGAACGCCAGCGGCAUACCAAUCUCGGCCAGCGGCGGUGGCCUGGCCACCCAGCCGCAGAGCCUGCUCAAUCCGGUCACCGGCCUGAAUGUCCAGAUCAGCACCAAGAAAUGUAAGACUGCCUCGCCCUGCGCGAUCUCCCCGGUGCUGCUUGAGUGUCCCGAGCAGGACUGCAGCAAGAAGUACAAGCACGCCAACGGCCUGCGCUACCACCAAUCGCACGCCCACGGCGCCGGUGGCGGAGUCAGCUCCAUGGACGAGGACUCUAUGCAGGCGCCCGAGGAACCAGCCACGCCGCCCUCCCCUGGAGGGGCUACUGUCUCAGGAGCCGGUUCUGGAAGUGGCUCGGGAUCGGCAGCAGGAGCUUCUGCAGCAGCAGCAGCUGCCGCAGGGACAUCUCCGGCCGCGGCACCAGUGCCAGCGCCUGUUAGCACACCAACCGCCAGCAAUUCGAAUCCCGUCACCAAUGGCAGCAGUGCCCCCCCAGCCUCACCAUCAGUGGCCGUGGCAAGCAACAGUUCUUCCACAGCGGCGGAGACGUCACCCGCCCCCGCGAUCGCCGCCCCACCACCCGUCACGCCUCCAGCUUCCGCCUCUGGCUUGUCAUCGGCCGGAGGAGAGCCGUCUGCCCCUCCAGUUCUGCCGAUGGGCAGCCUGCCGUUGGCUGGCGCCGCUCCUCCGGUGGCACAACCGCCUCUUCCGGCCCAACAGCAGCAGCCACAGUUGCUUACUCCGGCUGGCAGUGCGACCAGCAAUCCUCAGCAGCAGCAACAGCAGCCAGUGGCCGGUGGAAGCAUCACCGCUGGCAUCUCCGGGCAGGCCUUGUCGCAGCACCAGCAGCAGCUGAUGGGCGGUCUGCCGGCCAUGUUGUCGGAGCAACAGCAGCAGGCAUUGCUGCAGCAAGGAGCACUCAAAGCCGGAGUCCUUCGUUUCGGGCCACCGGAUGCGGCACCUCUGCAGCAACAGCAACCGGGUCAGGCACCUGGCGGCAAUCCACAGACACAGCAGUCGCCUCCCCGACCGCCAAGCCACAACCAAGAUGGACAGCAAACGCCGACCAGUUACGCCCAGCAGGCGGGCCUAAAGACCUCGCCCGGAUUCGGAUCCGUGGGUGUCGGAGGAUCGGGUACUAAGCAGAAGAAGAACCGCAAGUCGCCGGGUCCCGGGGACUUUGAUGGCCGUGUGUCGCGCGAAGAUGUCCAGAGUCCGGCGUACAGUGAUAUAUCCGACGACUCCACUCCGGUGGUCGAGCAGGAGAUGCUGGACAAGUCGGUCGGGCAGGCGGCGGCGGCCAAGCACAUCGAGCUGCUGGGCAAGAAGCCGCCGGAGGUGGGCGUUGGUGUUGGAGUGCCUCCGGCCCCAGCUCCCAACAUGUAUGUGCCGGGAAUGUACCAGUUCUAUCCAGCGCAACAGCAGGCCCCGCCCCAGCCCCCGCAGCAGCCCCAGCCCCAGCCGUACAUGGUCCAGACGGAGCCGGGCAAGCCGCCGGGUAUGCCUCCAGCACUGACUCCCCAACAGCAACAGCAGCUGCAGCCGGGCGCCCCGCCGCCUACCUCGCAGGCGUCCAGCCAUCUGCUCGGGCCACCUGUCCAGCCGCAGUCGGUCGCCGCCCACCUGGCGGACUACAGUGGCAAGAACAAGGAUCCGCCCCUGGAUCUGAUGACCAAGCCACAGCAGCCGGGUCAGCAGCCGCCACCGCCGCAACAGCCGGGACAGCAGCCCGGGCAGCCGGACAACCAGAACAACGGCAAGGAUGGCAACGGUGGUCCGCCAACCUCGCAGGCAGGAUCUCAGCCGCCGCCAGUUAACCUCAGUGCAGUGGCUGGUCCGCCGCCAGGAGCCCUGCCGCCGGGUCUGGGCGGGAUUUCAGCGCUGGGUGCAGCCGGUCUGGGAGGUCCUGGACCGGGCAAGGGCUUGCCGCACUACUAUCCUUUCAAUUUUAUUCCUCCGGCGUAUCCUUACAAUGUGGAUCCUAAUUUCGGGCCAGUUUCCAUUGUGGCAUCCGAGGAGGCCGCCAAACUGGCUGGCCAUCCAGGCUUGCCACCCAGCUCCCAAGCGCAACAACUGUCGGGGAUUAGCAUCAAGGAGGAGCGCCUCAAGGAGAGUCCCAGUCCACAUGACCAGCCCAAGCACAUGCCUCCCCAGCAGCAGCUUUUGGCCAACAAGGUGAUCAAGCAGGAGCCGAUGACCAAGCAGGAGAUCAAGCAGGAGCCCAACCCGACUCCAGGGCCACAGCAUCAGCCACCUUCGCAGCCGGCAGCGCCGCAGCCGCAACAGCCCCAGCCGCCUCCGCCGCAGCCCCAGCAGCCGCACGCCCUCCAUCCGAAGGACCUGCAGGCACUGGGCGCCUAUCCCGCCAUCUACCAGCGCCACUCCAUGAACCUGGCGGCGGUGCAGCAGGCUCGCGACGAAGAGCUGAGAAGGUACUAUAUGUUCACGGGUCGCCAGAACCAGGCAGCUGCUGCUGCGGCCGCGGCAGCUCAGAACGCCGCCAAUGCAGGAGCGCCGGGCGGAGGGCUUCCGCCACAUCCUGGUCUAAUGCACAAGGAUGAGCCCGGCCUGUCCUCGUCUCAGUCCCAGCAAGUCCACCAACAGCAGCAGCAACAGCAGCAGAUGCAACUGGCGCAGCAGCAGCAAGCGCUGCAGCAACACCACCAGCACCUCCAGCAGCAGCACCAGCAACAGCAGCAACAACAACAGCAGCAACAGCAACAGCAGCAGCAACAACAACAACAGCAGCAGCAGCAGAAGCUGAAACAGUCGCAGGCGGCAAGUGCGGCAGCCAACAACAAGGCCACCAACCUGACCAAGGACUCGCCCAAGCAGAAGAACAGCUCGGCCGAGGAGGAACAGCAGCAACAGCAGCAGCUGAAGGUGAAGCAGGAGGGCCAGAAGCCGACGAUGGAAACGCAAGGACCUCCGCCACCGCCCACGUCCCAGUACUUCCUCCAUCCCUCGUACAUCUCACCGGCACCCUUCGGUUUCGAUCCCAACCAUCCGAUGUACCGCAAUGUGCUGAUGUCCGCUGCCGGGCCGUACAAUGCUGCACCCUACCACCUGCCCAUUCCGCGUUACCACGCCCCCGAAGAUCUCUCGCGCAACACGGGCACCAAGGCACUGGAUGCCCUGCAUCAUGCGGCCAGCCAGUACUACACCACCCACAAGAUCCAUGAGCUGAGCGAACGGGCCCUCAAGUCGCCCACCAGCGGCAGCGGCCCCGUCAAGGUGAGCGUCAGCAGUCCCAGCAUCGGUCCACCCCAACCGGGCGGACCAGUGAGCAGCGGUGGACCCAGUUCCGGCCCGGGACCAGUUUCUGGUGUCCUCGGUCCCGGCAGCGGUCCAAGUCAACCGCCUGGCUCAGCGCCUGGGUCUGCGGGCGGUGUGCCGCUGAACCUACAGCCACCACCCGGAGGAUUGGGCCCAGCGCCCGGCAGCAAACCGGAUCUGUCCGGCCCCAAAGGCCAUGGCGUGCCAUCUGUUGGCUCCGCACUGGACGGCCAUAAGCAGUCACUGUCCGGCGGACCACCGCCAAACGGGCCAUCUGGUAACGGAGCCGUCGGUGGUGUGGGCGGAGCGGCCGGCAACGGAGCUCCGGGAGGAGGCGGUGCAGGUGCUGCCGACUCGCGAAGUCCGCCGCCCCAGCGACAUGUCCACACCCACCACCAUACGCACGUAGGUCUCGGCUAUCCCAUGUACCCGGCGCCCUACGGAGCGGCUGUUUUGGCUAGCCAGCAAGCGGCUGCUGUAGCUGUGAUAAACCCGUUUCCGCCGGGUCCGUCGAAAUGAGAACCACUGAAUGGCAGCAACGAGAAGAAGGCGUAUAACGUGAAGAACAACUAACGUGGAACGUGGGACAAGAGCACUUCCAGAUCGUCCCAUGGACUUCAACCUCUUCCCGUCGUAAUCCUGUCGUUGUCCCCGGUUUUGGACGGACACUGUCUCCUGUGUGUUUAGUGGGGAGUCCUUCCGAUGUUGAUGUUUAUUGUUGAUUGCCGGAUCGGCAAAGAUCGGCAAGGUAGACAAGAGGAUAGACAAAAAACAACACAGAAUCGACUAUUUAUAUGAAUAAGUAUUUUUUUGAAUGUUUCGUUCAACGUGGUUAACUAUAACUAGCCUAAGGUAUCACUACUAUUACCACAUACAACCUAUACAUAUAUAAAUAUAUAUAGCAUAACUACAUGAUAGCAACUUUUUCCUAAGUGUAUUUGCAUAUGGCAUAUAGAUAUCUAUAUUUAUAUUAUAAUAUCAUCACGAGAGAGGCGUAAAUGGAACAUGAACAAAAAAAAAAACAAUUAAACAAAAAAUGGCAAAAAAAAUUAAACUACAUACUUGAUAGCAUGUUGAUUUCUUUGUAAAAAAAAAAAACCAAUAUAUUAAAAAUUAAACGAAAGAACGAAAUUAAGAGAAAUAAAAGUAAUAUGAAUAUUGUUUAACUGAAAGAUUCUAAAUGAUUAUAAAUUAUGCAAGUAGACGUACAAGAUUAGCAUUUAGCGUGUGUAUUAAUUAUCCUUAUCUGUGUUGCGGAUGGAGCUGCGCGGGAUUUGCAUCUAAAAGACAAAUUGGGCGCGCUGCCCAUUCAUUCUUAUAAAUAUAUAUAUAUAAAUAUAAAUAUUAUCUAAUAACUAUAACUAUAUCUGUAUAUCGUAAACUAUAUCUAUAUGUGUGUAUCCGUAGUUUCUAUGUUAUAUGAUCGAGAUGAAUGAUGAGAUGAUGAUGAAUUUUUCGGCCAGCAGCCGCACACACUAAUUUAAAUUGUUUUUAAGCAUCGAUUUGUACUUUAAAUAUUUAUACGCAUAUGCAUAUAUGAUAUGAAAAGGGGAUAGUGGCGGCGAUAUAUAUGUAUAAUUAAUGAUUAUCUAUGUGAAUGUGGGUGUGUAGUAGUUCACUAGCCGCUUCAUAGACUCUACACGCGUGAUUUAUGGCACUUAAUGUUCUUUAGCCCUUAAGAUCCCUGACCUGACCUCUCCGAAUCAAGGGGGUUGGUUUCCAUUAAAUCCUCUUAAAAACAAAUCCAAUCCAAUCCCAAAACACAACAAUUCUUUAGAAUUUAUAAAUAAAACAAGUAUUGAAUGUAAAUAUAUAUAUUAAUGCGAGACUUUUUUAUAUUGUAAAUUAGUUCACCGAUUGAUUUUUACUAAUUGAUGAUUGAUUGAUGGCUUGAGUAGUAAGGAUGAAGGAUGUUAUAAACGAUAAUGCAUCGCAUUGUACUAUAUUGUAUUUGCAGCAAUUGCUGCGACCUAUAAACGAAAGCAACAAAAACUUAACAAUUCGAAUUAUAUUGUCUUCGUGUGUAGAUCACUGAGAUCACGUUUAGAGUCGCUAGGUUUUUGAUAUUCUCAAUGCAACUUGUAAUCAAAUCAUUAACACAUGAUAUUAACAAUUGAUAGGGGUCUAAACAGAUUAACCAUCGUCUUAAACGGCUUAUGGAAUGGUACAAGCAGAUUUUAUACAAAAUAUGUAUUUUAGAGAGCAACAAAAUAUUAAAAAAACAAACAAAAAAUAUAAUAAAAGGGAGGAAAGCGCAUUGAAUUGAAUUCGAAACAAUGAAAUUGUAUCUAAGCAAGAGAAUGUAAUCAACAAAAAAUUAAGCAUACAAAUAUGGAUGAAUAUGAACAAAACACAUAACUAGCGGCUAAGAAAUUUCAACAAAGUAU